GCAUGAAGCUGAGUUAAUAGAUUAUGAGUGAUGAUGAAUUUCUUAGAAGAAAUAUCAGCAUUUCCUCAGAUAGAGAGCUAGACAAUCUACAUUUAAUUCCAAGCCUUGAGAGCUCUCAUACUAGCAGAUAUAUGGAUUUCCAAAAUCAAAAACCUGGACUCUCUGAUCCACCACACCGAGGCUUCCAUAGGUCUCAGGAUGAUUCCAUGGGAAGUACUCGCAGGACUUGGACUGAAGAAAGUGAGCUUAGAAACCAUGGAGGGUCAGAGGAGGAACUGACGCCAGUAAAAAAGUUAAGGUACAAAGAUUCAGCAGAACUUGUGGAGAUAGGAACUGAGAAGACCCCGAGUGGUCAGACUCGUGAGUACAGUGACUUACAUUUGGAGAGUAAUUUGAGGACUCCUAGGUAUGGAACAUAUACAAGUUACAGUGAAAUGAUUGAUAGUGUACAUGAGCAGGACCCAUUUCAUGGUGAUUAUAAACCCUCAGGGAAAACCAAAAAGUCAAAGAGCAAAAAACACAAGAGAGAGAAGGAUAAAUCUCAAGAAGAAGAUCUCUCUGUGAAAGACCCACUGUCAAAAUCAUCCAGAAAGCAAUCAAAGAAAGGAAGAAAAUCUGAGGUCACGGGCAGUACAGGUACAUACACAAUUCAGGGAUUAACAAACAAAUCCUUUACUGACUCAGGGCCUGUCGCAGACACAAGCUCAGUGAAAAGUAAUGGAACAUACACACUGAAACAAGAGGACAGUGUUGAUGGAUUCAGGUUGAGUAAGAAAAGUUCAGUUGGAUUUUCCAGAAAGAGAAAAACCAGAAGGUCAACGGUAAAGCUGGGGGCAUCAAGGAUUAAUCAGAGGUCAUUCAGAGACUUCAUUAUGAGGAACAGAAUAAUGAUCCGAGUUCCAUUACCAGUGGAAGAAAUAGAAACUACUUUACGAAGAGAACAUGCUCAUCUUCUGAGGCAAACAAAACAUGUGUGGCAUUAUCAAACCCACACCAAACCAGAGCCCACAGACUCAUUUGGAUAUAUAAAUUUUCAAGGAUACGGAAAUGAGAUUGAAGCAUCUCCUUACCUUCGCUGUGAACCAGACACUAAACCUGAAAUUAUCUGGGAUAUGAUGAUUAACCAGUGGCACUUAGAGCCACCACAACUGAUCAUCUCAGUCACUGGUGGUGCACAACGAUUUGAUCUGAAGCGCAGAAUGCAGGAGACUUUCAAGCGAGGUCUGAUGAAUGCAGCAACAUCAACUUGUGCUUGGAUCAUUACUGGAGGCACCAGGACGGGGGUGAUGGAGUUUGUAGGUGAUGCCGUCAAAGAUCACAUCAUCACCACGGGGCGUAAAAAUGAUGUUGUAGUCCUGGGGAUAGCUACAUGGGGCUGUGUUGCCAACAGGCAUGCCUUAGAUGGAGAAGAGGGGCUAAAGAAUGGUCUUUUCCCAGCUGUGUACUCUAAAGCAGAUGUUAUGGAAGCACGGUUGUUGAAUCCAAAGAACGUUCCUCUAGAUGAGAAUCACUCACACUUCCUCCUUAUAGAUGACGGAUCAGAGAAUAAAUUUGGGGCAGAAAUUGACUUCAGAACUAAACUGGAGAAAUACAUUUCAGAGCAGCAAGUGGACCCAGAUGAUAAAGAAUCUUCUCUAACUAUCCCGGUGAUUUCUAUAAUCGUUGAGGGAGGGAUAAACUCAAUGAAGACUGUGUGGCAGGCCGUAACAAGGGGGAUACCUGUCCUUGUGCUACAGUCGUCAGGGAGAGCUGCUGACUAUAUAGCACAUGGCUAUAACAUAACAGCCCACAAGCUCAGUGAAGAGAAAAGCUACUUUCCCAAAGAUUUUGAUGAAGAAAUGGAGAACCUUGCAAACAGAGUAUUUGAGUGGAAAGAGAAAGACACUCCAAGAAAACCUGCUUUGAUAGCUAACUGUUUAAAACAGCUGAGAGAAGCUCUACAGCACAGGGAAAUGUUGACUGUAUUUGAUCUAAAUGACUAUGAAACAAAAGAUUUUGACCGAGCAAUCCUGUAUGCCUUGUUGAAAGCAAACAGAUCCAACACCAAUGCUCAGCUGAGUUUGGCUUUGGCUUGGAAUCGGUCAGACAUAGCUAAAAAUGAGAUCUUCACAGCUUCUAACAAGACAAAUUACCAGGAGCUAAAGUUGGAUGAUGCCAUGAUGACAGCACUUAUACAGGACCGACUGGAAUUUGUCAAACUCUUCCUAGAAAAUGGAAUUGAUCUGUCUCACUUCCUUGACAUUAGAAAUCUGUGGAACCUCUACUCCAACUGUUUCAAUGACAAAACAGAUGGAGCUGCACAAUUGUUGAUGAACAGAAUAAACUAUCUGAGGCAAACCUGGGCUGCUUAUUUGUGCUGUAAGCAAACAGAAGAUAUUGGGGUAGAACCUGAUUUGCUGAAUUACAUAGGGAAGGUUAUAGUUCAUCUCCUUGGUGAUGAGGCCAUGAAUCUUUAUGCAGGGAAUCAGUAUGAUGUCCAUAGUGAAGAGGUUGUGUUUGGAUACAUUCCCAAAGCAGAGAAGCCUUGUGAAGAGUACUUGAGUGUUAAGAAGAACCUGAGUAAGAAAAAAUCCCGGCUCUUCCCCGAGGUGGAGUUUAAGAACCCGGCUAAGGACCUGUUUAUCUGGGCUGUUCUAAUGAAUCGAAUGAGUCUGGCAAAGCUUUUCUGGAAGAUUGGAAAAGAUCACAUUGGGUCUGCUCUGUUUGCCAGUUGUCUACUGAAGGAGCUGGCUAAAGUUGCUGAUGAUGAGGAAGAAGUGGAACUCAGUGUUUCUCUGGAGCAAAACUCCAUGGAGUUUGAAAAAUUAGCCUCAGAGAUCCUUGGAAUUUGUUCCAUUCAGAAUCGUGAUCUAGCUCACCAACUCCUAGUAAGAGAACUAAAUGAGUUUGGAAACACCACCCUGUUUUGUUUGGCGGAUGAGAAUGUUCUUAUGGAUUUCAUGGGCCAGACAUGUUGUCAGACCAAGCUCAAUGCCAUUUGGAAGGGUCGCAUGGCUCUCUAUACUUCUAGCAUAAAGAUAGUAGCUUCAAUAUGCCUUCCAUUCCUGAUUCCUGCCAUUAAGUUUGUGGACAAAAAAAGAAUGGUUCAUGAAGAUGAAUAUGAUGACUUGGCACCACUUCAUCCCACCACUCAAGAGAUGAUAACGGAGCAGGAUGCACCACCUAGCAAUAGAGAGGGUCCAGAGGGGAUAACAGGUGCCGGUGGAAAAGUGGCCCCAGUUCCAGAAUCCAAAACAAAAAUACUCAAGCGAAAGUUUAAAACUGUGACCUUGUUUGGUGGUAGUAAGGAAGGCGGGGAGGAUAUUAAUUUGUUCCGUGCCAUUUACUACUUUUACACUGCACCAGUAACCAAAUUCACAACAGCAAUGUUUGCCAAUAUCUUGUUCCUGGGGUUGUUUUCCUUAUUUGUGUUGACGGACCUGUAUCCUAUUGGUGAGAAUGAUGCUCCCUCUAUCCCGGAAUACCUCACCUGGAUGUACACAGUCACCAGUGUUAUUGAGGAACUCAGACAGAUAUUAACCAGGGACCAGCGGUCUCUUCUGUACAAAAUACGGAGUUGGUAUGGUAGUGUGUGGAACCGUUUUGAUUUCAUCAUGUACUUGACCUUUCUGACCUCUGUAAUCCUGAGAUUUUCCCUGAGUGGGGAGGACUUUAUGUGGGCUCGUAUGUUGUACAGUCUGACACUGGCAAUGUACUUUAUUCGCUUCAUGCACUACUUCUAUGCAGAGAAAAAUAUUGGACCUAAAGUCAUCAUGAUCUCUAGAAUGUUGACAGAUCUGAUGUUUUUCCUGUUAAUCCUGUUGGUAUUUAUCCUAAGUUUCGGUGUCGCCUACCACGCCAAUCUGUAUCCCAACUCCCCAAAGGAGUGGGUCCUCCUAAAGGAUGUAGUGUAUCACCCAUACUGGCAGAUGUAUGGAGAACUCUUCUUAGAAAACAAAGAAGGUAAUGACCCUUCAGCAGAUGCUGGAACCUGCACUAGUAAUGAGACUAUUUGGAGGUCAGGUGAAGUGGAUCGUUGUCCAGAAAAGAAUGCCCUUGUUGUGUUGUUGAUGGUUGUCUACAUGCUGUUGACCAACAUUCUUCUAGUCAACUUGUUGAUUGCUAUGUUUAGUGACACCUUUCAGAAGGUUCAGGACAACUCUGAGAAGGUAUGGCGGUACCACAGAUACUCACUGGUUUAUGAGUUUUACGAGCGACCAGCUCUGUUCCCCCCUCUCAUCAUCCUCAAUCACUUGUUCCGAGCUAUCAGAUGGCUGAUUAAUAGAUGUAGCAGCAGAUGUUGUAAGAAUGAAAUCCGCACCAGAAACAGCUUCAAAUUAAAGCUGAGUGAGAAGGAUCUGAUCAGGCUGUCUCUGUUUGAACGGGGAGCAAUGGAGGAACAUCAGCACUCCGUGUUCUCACUAGAGAAUGACAAAAUAGACAAGAAAAUAGAGACCACAUCAGAAAGGCUUGACAGAGUAAUAGAAGAACUGGACAACAUAAAAGACAAUGUGAUGGCAAAGGAGAAGAUGAUGGGAGGAGAGGUUCCAAUCACAGCUAGAUCCACUUCUAUGUCCAAUGUAGAACCAGAAGUCUACUCAGCCAGGAAAACUCACUCACAGUUGGAGGUGGAAGUGGACCAGUUAUCAAAUUUUGUUCGGGAAAACAUGCAUGAUCUGAAUGCCUCAAUAAGACGACUGGAAAAACUCAUUUUAGCAUCCACAAAACAGAAGCAACAAACUCUGGACAUUUCACAUUUUCAGACUUCAGAAAGCUAGAUAGAGAUCAUCUCAUUUGGGCAUUAGCAUUUGUGUGAAAAAUGGUUGAUAUCUGAUUGGCCUAUAAUGGUUUGUAAAUAUACUUUCCAUGUGAUUGAAAGAUCUACGUUUUUUGUAAUGUUAUAUCACUCCAUUUAUAUUUAUUUAUUUAAACUCUGAGGUAUUUUAUAUAAGAAUUUUAAUUUAAAAAAAUACUAAUUAUGUGUUUACU